ACCUGUGCUGCAGCACGUAUUUAACUUACUUCCCAGUCGAGUCAGAUGUUGAAUGUCUUGAAGUAGGUGAUAUCUUAACCCAGUUCAUCCGUACAAAUAUCCUGAAGAUUAGAUUUGGAUACUCUGAAUUUGGUAUAAUAAUAUACUGUUUCAAGACCGCACCACAGAUCACAGUUGCCUAGCAAUACAGAUCACUGUUGCCUAGCAAUACAGAUCACUGUUUCCUAGCAAUACAGAUCACUGUUGCCUGGAGAUACAGACACAUUAGAUAAACACCCCAACCAAAACCAAGCAUGAAUAUGGACGUGGUUUGUGUUGUAUUCGUCCUGGUUGUUCAAAUGUUUAAGAAUGGAGAGACCUCAAGUUCGAGAUGUAAAUAUAGUGUAGAUGAGCACCAUACUGGAAUCUCUGUGGACUGUUCUCAUCACAAUCUGACCUCUGUACCAGUCGAUCUGCCUGCUAACACAACAACUUUAAAUUUAAAUCACAACAAAUUUGAACAUUUAUUAAACCACCAAUUCCUAUAUUUACACCAGUUAAAAAGUCUUAGUUUAAAUUCCAACCCGUUGUAUGAUAUUCAAGAAGGCGCUUUUAAUAAUCUGACGUACUUGGUAGACCUUCAAAUCAUGGGGCAUCGACUCAAUUAUUCUCUCCCCUCUCUACCCAGAGAAGUUUUUAUUCCGUUGAUGAAUCUGAAGACCCUGACUCUUCGAACCAAUUACUACGGCUCAAGGUCGCACUUAAUUUUACCCGAUGAACCCAUCAGUUAUUUAACAAAUUUGAUAACUUUAAAUAUUGACACAGGAGACACAGUUGAAUUUGGAACAGGAUUUUCACAACUAAAAGCUCUAUCAGAAUUAAUAUUAUCAAAUUAUGUCUUAGACAACCAAAUUGUGUCUUGUCCACUAAAGCAGAUUUAUGAUAGCACAUUUUCGGUGUUUCAAAAUAUCUCUAUUGCUACCCUUGAUUUAACAGGCUGUUUUCUUAAUGAAAUGGACAGGAAUGUUUUUGCGCCGUUUAAACAUCUGAAGAAUCUUAUCAUAAAAGCUGACGUAAAUACCAAGCUGGCUUUACCCGAUGCUAUCUCAUCUUUACACGUAUUUAGAAACAAAAGCCUGGAAUCGGUAACAAUAAACGGUGCUGCAUCCAGACAUUUGUUUACGACUACGGCGGGCUAUUUUCUCACUCUUGACAUAUUGAAAGACAUCUGCAUUUCCUUCCUGGACUUACAACUCAAUCAGAUAAACAUGGUGGAAACUUCUGAUUUUUUUAAAAGCCCCCUUCCUAGAUUAACACGGUGUUUAAAACAUAUUGAUUUGUCCAACAAUAAAAUUGCUGCACGAAUAAGUCCUGUGGAAAUUUAUUUAAGUUUUUUCCUUUUUCAGAAUCUUGAGUAUCUGGACAUAUCGGCCCAAUCCAUCGCUAAUCCGUUAGACGACAAAUCUAACUUUGAAGAUUUGGAACACAAUGACAGACAUCAUACGUACCCAUUUGUUUUGCCGAGUAAGCUAAAGUAUUUUUACUUUGGCGGUAUUAAUAGGAUUGGCUUCGUUACUAAUCUUAUAAUCACAGGAGGAACAAAUAUUGUUGCCCUGAACAUGUCGUACAAUUUUGCUGUUUUUUCGGACACAAACAUAACGGGUAUAAUGAACCUACAGAUUCUGGAUUUAAGUGGCAAUAGUUGCUUUUAUAUUGCUCAGUCGUUUUUUGACCGUGUUCCAAAUUUAACCCAAUUAAGACUUAGCAAUACGCAUUUGAAUGUCGAUGCGUUUUUCAAUAUCGGCAAGCGAUUACUGCAGCCAUUAUCCAAAUUAGAAAGGUUAGAUCUAAGUAAAAAUGCGCUGGGUAUAUUACCCCGUGAUAUAUUUCAAGGAUUGUCCAAUUUAAAAGAAGUUUGGCUGUCUUAUAAUAAUUUAAUUACCAUUCCCGCUCUGUCAGGUCUGCCCAGGCUGCAGCAGAUUUAUCUGAGUAAAAAUUCCAUAGUAACGAUAGACGAAGACACUAGAAAAACUCUGGAUGAACUCACAUUAAACGGACAUAAACUUCACCUUUCUAUAUCUGGAAACAUGUUGUCUUGUAAUUGUGAAUCGUUGAGUUUAUUACAGUGGCUGAAUCAAACCCACGUUAACUUGGACGGUGGAGAUUAUCCGUGUAUUAGUUUCCAGGGAAUAAAAACAACUACCGGAAUCGUUACCAGGCGAUUCCAUUCUUUAUACUUACAUUGCUACUCCUAUUUGUGGCUCACUAUUGCUGUAACCGGAAUGAGUGUACUUGUGAUCGCAUUGCUGGUAUCUUUUGUAUUCGUUAAAAAUAAACUAAAGAUAAAACUAAUUUUGCUACGAAUGAUCGGGCGAUAUGUGAAAGCCAAGAAGCGAGAAGAGUUCCUGUAUGACGUAUGUGUUCUGUAUGCUGAUGACGUGUACCAAUGGGUGUGUCACACUCUUCGUGACGAGUUAGAAGUGCGACGGGGAUUAAAACUUUAUCUUCGUGACAGAGAUGAAGCCCUUGGGGCUGAUAAACCAACUGAAUUAUACAACACCAUGGAGUCUAGCUGGAAAGUUUUUCUUAUUUUAACUCCUGGAUUUCUGGCUUCUGAUUUCUCAUCGUCCACGAUGGCUAUGUGUUUAUCGUUUAUAACAUUAACCACGCCCAACCGAUUGAAUUUAAUUUUGGAUGUUAAUCUGAAUAUACCGACUAAUAUCGAUUACUUUCUGGAGUCUGUUAAUGAAGAAAAUAUUUACCGUUAUGACAUAAAUCACAUGGACGCGAAUAACCCACAUUUCUGGAAUAAAAUUUAUCACGGAAUAACGACCGUGGACAACAAAUAACAUAGUGAUCAAUCAGGGACGUGGAAAUUAUUUCAAAUAUAAAUAAACAGUAUUAGUUUUUUGUCUAUUUCUAGAAUAUAUAAUGUUGUUUUUUUCUAUUGAUGACUUCAACACGUUACUUAUUAUUUUGUUUUACUUUUUGGGGGGUAUUUCUAGAAUUGUAUGCUAAAUAUGUAGUGGAAAACAAAUAGCCUAACAUUCAGAUGGAGAAAGACCUCAGAUGGAAUGGGGAAAGACCUCAGAUGGAAUGGGGAAAGACCUUUAGAUGGAAUGGAGAAAGACCUCAGAUGGAAUGGGGAAAGACCUCAGAUGGGGAAAGACCUUUAGAUGGAAUGGAGAAAGACCUCAGAUGGAAUGGGGAAAGAUCUUUAGAUGGAAUGGAGAAAGACCUCAGAUGGAAUGGGGAAAGACCUCAGAUGGGGAAAGACCUUUAGAUGGAAUGGAGAAAGACCUCAGAUGGAAUGGGGAAAGACCUCAGAUGGAAUGGGGAAAGACCUCAGAUGGGGAAAGAUCUUUAGAUGGAAUGGAGAAAAGACCAAUCAGGGGCGUGGUAGAAAGAUAAAUAAAAACUAUUAUUUUUCCUUUUGGUGUUUAUUUUUAUUUCUUAGACCGAAAUAGCUUUUUUGUCUUUUUCUAGAAUACAAUUUUAUUGAUUAAUUACUUAAAAACGUUACUUGUUACUUUGUUUUACUUUUUGGUGGUAUUUCUAGAAAAAUAUAUAUUUGGAGUGCACGUAUUUCUAGAAUUGUAUACUAAAUAUAUUUUAAUACAUUUUAGUUAUUAAGUUAGAAAGGUUUUUUUUAUUUUUUUUUUUACUUUUGUAUUUCUAAAAUUAUUGUAUAUUAAUUGUAUUUUGAAAUGAAAUAAAAGGGGGUUUGACGUGGCA